GUGGUCCAGAAGCGUGGUUGUAUCCAGUGCAGGUUUCAACCUAUGACCCUGUCAUUAUAAUGACACGCUCACCUACGUCUCUGCUUUCUCUCUCCACUGCUCUUUUCCUUCCCACAAAAUUAGGGUUUCUUUUUCAAUUCAAUGUGAGAAAAGAAAAAGUAAAAAUCAUUCAUCAUAUCAACAUUCAUAGAAAAAUUGGGAAAAAACUGUGUGAGAAGCCAUGGUUGUCGAUGAUAUGACCAAGUGCAUCGUCGUCGGUUAUGGGCGUUGCAGUUCUACUCGAUUCUUCGAUGCGUAUCCCAAAAGGGGUUUGAUGGAGGGGAGAUAUAGUGGGGAUUGAUAUGAUGUUGAAGGUGUUUAUAAGGUUGUUUUGUUGAAUUGUUUUUGGGAUAUGGUAAUAUUGUACCGACCAGCAAUAAAACUCAUCAUCAACAAGAUGAGGAGGUAGGACGGUGGUGGAUCCUUGUCUUGCUUCAUUGUCAAUGGAGAAUCAUCACCCUUCAACGCUCUUGUCCAUGGAUUCAAGUGCAUCUUCUCAUGAGGAACUGGAUUUGGAGAUGAAUCGCCAGAUCAUACUUUCGCGUCCCCCGGAUAUCAAUUUGCCCCUGUCUGCAGAGCGCAGCCCACCACCACAGCCAUGGAGUUCUGACCCUUGUGAUAUUUUGGAUGUUGGCCUUGGCACUCAAGGGUAUGUCACUGAGACUUUUCUCAAUCUGCCCAAAGCUGGAAGGAAAUGUGCGAAGCGGUUUGAUAGCAUAUGGGGUGCUUGGUUUUUCUUCAGUUUUUACUUCAAGCCUUCUUUGAAUGACAAAUCUAAGGCCAAGAUUGUUAGGGACGGCAACGGUGUUUCUGGGUUCGAUAAAUCUGACCUCAAGCUUGAUGUUUUCAUGGUUCAGCAUGACAUGGAAAACAUGUACAUGUGGGUUUUCAAGGAAAGGCCUGAGAAUGCCUUGGGUAAGAUGCAGCUGAGGAGUUACAUGAAUGGGCAUUCUCGCCAAGGGGAGCGACCGUUUCCGUUUAGUGUUGACAGGGGUUUUGUUCGAUCCCACAGGAUGCAGAGAAAGCAUUACAGAGGGCUUUCAAACCCUCAGUGUGUGCAUGGCAUUGAGGUUGUUCCUUCACCCAAUUUGAUGGUUCUGGACGAGGACGAUCGGAAAAGGUGGAUGGAGCUCACUGGCCGAGAUGUGAAUUUCUCAAUCCCACCUGAAGCAAGCGAUUUCAGUUCAUGGAGAAAUCUUCCCAACACUGACUUUGAGCUUGACAGACCACCUCAUCCAAUCAAGAACACUCCAAAUUCACACCCAAAGAAGCUGCUCAAUGGAUCUGCACUUAAUUUAUCAACUCAUCUGUCUAACCACAGUAAUGGCGAUGUGCUGGACAUAUCUCCUAUCAACGGCAAAAAGAGGAAGGACUUUUUUCCUCAUGGAAACGACGUAGAAUGUUACCUGGUUGUUAAUUCUCCACCUGAUCGGAUUCAAGAUGUAGAAAUGCACUCGAGUGAGCUGCCACACUGGUUGAAUGACUUCAGCGGGGUGAUGAAGAAUGUCUGUGGACCUGUUACAGCUGCUAAAACUAUUUAUGAGGAUGAACAAGGUUACUUGGUUAUCAUCAGUCUGCCCUUUGUAGAUCUUGCAAGUGUGAAAGUUUCGUGGAGGAACACUCUGACUCAUGGUAUCAUAAAGGUUUCUUGUAUGAGCACAUCUCGGAAGCCUUUGAUGAAGAGACGUGACAGGACAUUCAAGCUUACAGAUCCAUCAUCUGAGCACUGCCCUCCUGGAGAAUUUGUCCGCGAAAUCUCUCUUACGACCCGAAUUCCCGAAGACGCUAACAUAGAAGCGUACUACGAUGAGCCAGGAUCUGUGCUUGAGAUCAUGGUGCCAAAGCAUCGCGUCGGUCCAGAGGAGCAUGAAGUCCGCGUCUGCCUUCGUCCUCAUCUAGCAGGGAAUGAUCUUAUGUUAACUUGAGAUAGAAGAAGCACUUCUAGAAACUUGUUAGGAUUCCAGUGUGGUGUGUUUAUCAUUGUUCUUCUAACUUUGUACCAUACAGUGUUAUUAGUAAUACAAAAUGUUGUCUCUAGCUAUUUUAGCUCACUGAUUGCGCCUGUUCUUUUUUUUGUUCUGGUGCAUCUAAGCUUUUGAAUGUAAGCAUUCUUAAUCUUGAAUAUUCAGUUCUUUAUUACGAUGA